CUCGUGAUGACGCUCUGAAUCCGAUCCGUCAAGAGAUGCGGCUCAAGAUGGGCCACACAAGGCUCGAAUGGCUCUCCGUCCUGCUUAUCGUCGCACCGCUGACAGUAGUGCAUGCUCUCAGCUUGCGUCCACGGGCUAUUCCUGGUCCGAGCCAAGAUCAGCGUGUGCUUGGCAGUCAGCAGAGUGCAGGCAUACACACCCAGUCGACGACUCUCGUGGACUUGCUCUCCGCCGACGCCGACUUCUCGCUCUUGCUCAGACUGGUCCAGCGAGCCCGACUUGUCCCCACGCUGAAUGCGCUCAAUGGUUCGACUUUCUUUGCGCCGACGAAUGAUGCCAUCAAGAGAAUCCAGAACCAGACAGCUCGUCAUCCGUUCAAGCUGGACACUCCAGUGGACAACAUACAAGCAGAGCUGAGAGCCACGCUGCUGUAUCACCUGCUCAACUAUACGCUCAACGACACUGCAAACGCCAAUGAUCAGGUUGAGAUGCACGAGACGAUGCUCAUACCAUCACGCAAAGCCGGUCAAGGCCGGCCCGGGUCACCUGGCAUGGGAGACGGUCAUGACGAUCAGUUGGACACACGCGAUCAGUAUGAGGAUGACUACGGCUGGCUCGCCGGUCAAGGUCAAAAGCUCUUCAUCGCGCCAAGUAAGACAACAGACAAGCCAUCCCCUUUGCUCGUCGGCGUCUCUGCACAAGGUGCAGGUGGUGUCACUAGCGGUAUAUCACGCAGCGCAACCAACGGCAACCUCGUGCCGCUGGAUGGCGUGCUCGAUCCGCCCCGAAACCUCUCGCAGCAAAUUGUCGACCAUCCAGACCUUGCGCAGUUCCGAGCUCUCUUCGGCACGGACGAGCUCAACAAACGGAUGAAUCACACGCAUUUGACUCUCUUUGCACCCAGCGAUAAGGCUUGGGAUGCUCUCGACGAAUACGAGAAACGAUAUCUUGCUUCUGGCUUUGCACAGGACGAUCUCGAGAAGAUACUGCAACAUCACCUCAGCUCAAGCAAACAGAUCGGCUACUAUGCCAAGGUCAAGAACGAGACCUUGUUGCCGACUCGAUCAGGCGCAUCUCUUGCGCUCGUGGUGAACAACGGCGUGCCAGAAGUCAAUGGGAGUGCUUUGGUAGAUUACGACAUCCUUGCGCAAAACGGUGUCAUGCACAUCGUCGAUACACUGCUUCUACCGCCAGAGGACAGUUUCACGCUGACACCGGAGAAGUAUCUCAUUGCGCUCAACGCCACUCGUUUUGUGGCUUUACUGCGCUCGGCGGAGCUUUCCAAGCAUGUCCAGUCGAGCAACGCUUCCAUGACCAUCUUGGCAGUACGAGAUGACGUUCUUGAACGAUGGGAAUCGGGAUGGGAUAGGACGCUGCCCGCCCAAGGAACGCGCGCAUUGACCGAAGCGCUUCAGUAUCAUCUUGUGCCCGGCAAGUGGACUAGCAAGGAUCUAGCAGAUGGCAUGCUACUGCCUACCUUGCUCGAGCCCGAUAGUCUCGACCAUGCGCCCCAAUUGAUCACAAUAUCGGUAUCACAAUCAGAAUCAGAACCAGCCAGUCUCUUCUCCAAGCCAAAGCCGGAGAAGCCUACCGAUCUGGGCUUCAACACCGCCAGCGUUAUCGCUUCGCCUGUGGUUGUGGGCAAUUCUAUCAUCUACUUGAUCUCUCAAAUGCUCGAAGCGCCUCCAAACGUCAUCGAAACGGCGGUUUCCGAUCUCCGCCUAUCGACGUUUGUUGCGAGCGUCUUCGCUGCAGAUCUAGAUAAGAAGCUCAAAAAGCAGCCGGCUUUGACGUUCCUUGCGCCCGACAACGAUGCAUUUCGCAGGCUAGGUCUCGUCAUGUCUUAUCUCUUACUGCCGACUUCGCGGCGCGAGCUCGUCUCGACUCUGUCAUAUCACGCAGUCAGAGAAUUGGUCUACGAGGAAGACUUCCAGCCCGGCUCAAACGAAUACAUGACACUGGAAGGAUCGGGCAUCUAUAUUGGCAAGAACGACACAGGCGCUCUACAAAUCCACGGACCGACCCUGAGCGGCUUCAGAGUCAAUGGCGAUACUCGCGAUGCCCAUUUAUUAGAAUCCAACAUUCUCACCAAAACGGGAGUGCUCCAUGUGACCGAUCACGUCGUCUUGCCACCCACGGUCAGCAUCUCGAUCGAUAAGCUCAUGCGAGGUGGCAAAGCAUCUACAAUGGCUGAGCUCCUCCGACUCACCAACCUUACCUGGGUGGCAGACGGCUCUCCACCUCCCGACGAAGCAAGUGCAGCAAUGCUUCGCAAGAAGCUCAACAAGGCGCCUUUCAGGCGACGCUCAUACACUGUGCUCUGUCCGACCGACAAAGCCUUCACAGCACUCAAUCUGACUUACUACCUCGGUGAUAUCCCCGCGCUCACUGAACUCAUGAAGUUACACAUCAUACCAUCAGAUCCGCCUUCGCGGUCAUCUAUAGCCGAACCGCGACACGGCUUUCCAAGCGGACGACUACCUUUGGAACUUGCAGACUCGGCAGUCUACGACACUCUGCUCAGUGAAGACGAUCCGAAAAGUAGCGGUCGGGUCGCUCUGAGACGGUUUGCCGAAGACAGCUGGCUCGUUGGCGUCGAUGGGGCGAGGGGCGAGCAAGGUCGUAAAGACUGGGCGCGCAUCCUCUCUUGGGGCAAGGCGACGCCUGUCUUCGCUACCUCCGAUGACGCUAGCACCGGUGAGCAUGAUGCAUCGAUUCAACGAAGCAGGAUGAGCUUCGGCGGUGGCGUUCUACUCAUCGAUUCCGUCUUGCUACCCUAUCGACCUACAUUCUGGCACAAGUUUGGCUGGAUCAUCGUCGUCGUCAUCCUGGCCAUCAUCGGCUUGACGUGCGUCGGCUUGCUCGCGUGGAAGCUUUGGUCAUCUCAGCGCGCGGAAGCAUACAUCGUGCUCGAAAACGAAGAAGAUUAGACUAUUUGUCGUGUUUGUUGUAAAACCCCAUCGUGCAUGUAGCAGUCACUCGCAUAACAUGCAAUCUAUGCAUUCAGAGUCCACAAGCUG